GUUUGUACAACUAACUUUAUUGCUAACAAAAAGGAUUGGAAAUAAACCUCGAGAUUAGUACAACAAAGGAGAAUGAUUGUUCUACAAAGAUCGGAAUAAUUAAGAUGAGAAAAGGCUAAUAACGUGAAUCAACUCAAAAUCCACUUGAUGCAAGAAAAAUCAAAUCGGUCAACAAACCAAAUGAAGCUGAUCGAUCAAGAAUCCUAGAAAGUAACACAACAAAGUGUAGAUUCUAAGCCUUCAACAAGAAGCCUCCAAGAGAUAUAUAUCUAUCAAUUCUCUAAUCUUCAGACUUGUGUGCCCCACUUGUAUAUCUCCAUUACAUCACUUUAUUUUCAUUCACACGUGCCAUAUCAUGCCCCACCCACAACAAAUACGACCCAUGCACGCAAAGAUAAAAAGCCAAGAAUCAUCACCCACAAAAGCCCCCCUUGGAUUUUCAACUUCUAUAAUACAAAACAAGAAAAAUCCAUUGAAAGAUCAAGAAAAUCUUGUGUUGGAGGAGAGAGUGAUUAGGGUUUUGUUCGUCUUCCCUUUCUUGCGUUCGAGAAAUGAAAGUAACCUUUUCUGGAAAUAAUCACAACCAAUCACUGAACUCAAAACCAGUGGUUACGACCACCCUGACCACCACUUCUCGGGGCAACACCGCACCUACUACCUCCCUCUACGAGCCAAAAUCGGUUCCUGAACUCUGUGGAAACCCUAGUCCCGUUGCUAAAAAGGUCAUAUCUACUUGUGCUACAGCUAAUAUUUCAACAAUUCGAGAUGAUCCUCUUCAACUGGGAGAUCAUGCGCUAAACCAUCACUUUGAGGUUUGGGAUUCUUUGAUGAGAGAACUGGGUUUGGAUGACGAUUCGAUCCCCGUUUCAAAACCUAUUUCUCAACUUGGUACUCACUGUGAUCAGCAGUAUUCAUCAAUCCCCGAGUUCCCACCUGUAAGCUCCUUCGAUUCAUCAACUCGGUUUGAGCCAUCUGAAUUUAGUAUACUCUCAGAUAUUACCACUACAUACUCUCCUGCACCUUUGAGCCAUAACAGCAAUAUCAUCCACCCAUUUGACCUAUCUGGAGAAAUCCAAAACUUGAAUAACAACUUGAACAUUGGAUUCGAUUACGUAGAUGAGUUAAUCCGACUUGCCGAGUGCUUCGAGACCAACUCACCACAACUUGGGCAGGUUUCAUUGGCACAGCUCAAUCAACAGCUCAGAUCUCCCACCGGAAAGCCCCUCCAGAGAGCUGCCUUCUACUUCAAGGAAGCCCUUCAAUCCCUACUCUCCGGGUUGACUCGACAAACUCACCCUGCCAGCUCUUCAGAGAUCAUCCAGGCCAUCAAAGCACAGAAAAUGUUUUCAGGCAUCUCCCCAGUUCCCAUGUUCUCAAGCUUCAUGGCUAACCAAGCCGUGCUUGAAGCCCUAGAGGGCUCCAUUCAUGUCCACAUCAUCGACUUUGAUAUCGGGCUUGGCAGCCAUUGGGCUUCGUAUUUGAAAGAGCUAGCUGAUAAAGCUGAGUUGGGUAAACUUACCCCAGGAAUGCUUCGAAUUACAGCUAUAGUUCCUGAAAAGUAUGCAAUGGAAUCAAAGCUGAUCAAAGAGAAUUUGACUCAAUUUGCACGUGAGCUGAAUAUUAGGCUGGAUAUAGACUUUGUUUCGAUAAGUACAUUUGAGUAUUCAUCUUUCAACGCCAUCAAAUUGAUGGAUAGUGAAAAUGUCGCCGUUCUUUUAUCUCCGGCAAUAUUCAGGCAUGUUGGGACUGGGUUUCUCGAUGAUCUCCACAGAGUUUCACCUCUCGUGGUGGUGUAUGUCGAGAGUGAAGGGCAGACGGGAUUUGAAGCACCGUCAUUUCGCCAGACUCUGAUUGAUGGUCUAGAUUUUUACUCCAGCCUAUUCGAGUCACUAGAGGCUGCAAACUUUAAAAGCAGUGGUGGCUGUAGUGUUGAUUGGAUAAGAAGGAUUGAGACUUCUGUGCUUCUUCCCAAGAUCAUGGAAGCAGUAGAGGCGGCCAGCCGCCGCAAUACACCAUGGAAGGAAGCGCUAGUGGCUGCCGGCUUAAGACAGGUGGGGCUCAGUCAGUUCGCUGACUUUCAAGCUGAGUGUUUACUAAGGAGAGCAAAUAUCAUAGGAUUCCACGUGGCAAAACAGCAGGAGGAGAUGCUGCUUUGCUGGCACAAUAGGCCACUUGUUGCCACGUCGGCUUGGAGGUAUUAGGAAAUAAUUACUACCAUAAGUAUCAGUAAUAAUCUCCCUAUAAGGGUUUUAUUUUGAGGUAAUUAAGCUAGGUUAGGAAUGGGGAUAUUAAUCCUGACCACUAUGUUUUUCUUUGUAAUUUAUAUUGAAAAGGAUUAGUCUUUCAUGUUUA